UAUAAAGAGCGUAAUAGAAGGGGAGAAAAUCAAUGAGGUCAUCACCAGACACAAGUAAAGCUGCAGGUAAUACCCAAAAGACAGAGGGUGAGGAACAAAAUGGGGAAAGGUUGGGGGGGUUCUGUGUUUGGUUGAUGAAGGGAAUGAUGAAGAAAUGUGAAUGUGAGAAGAGAAAGAUGGUGCACAGCUUGAAGGUGGGGGUGGCCUUGGUGCUGGUCUCCCUUCUGUAUGUGCUGGACCCUCUCUUCCAUCAAGUGGGACAAAAUGUCAUGUGGGCUAUCAUGACUGUUGUCGUUGUUUUCGAGUUCUACGCAGGUGCUACAAUAAGCAAGGGGAUAAACCGAGGGAUUGGUACCAUACUUGGCGGAUUAUUGGGAUGCUUGGCCGCGCUCUUAGCCCACAAACUUGGAGGCUUGCAAAGUACUUUUGUAGUUGCAAUUUCCGUUUUUAGUGUAGGUGUAGGUGCGACAUACAUAAGAAUGUUACCAAAAGUGAAAAGAAAGUUUGACUAUGGAUUGUUGAUAUUCAUCUUGACAUUCAACUUGGUGGUGGUGUCGGGAGUGCGAGCGGAUAAAGUGAUGAUAUUAGCUCGGGAGCGGCUGUCCAACAUCGGAAUGGGCUUUGCCGUCUGCCUCUUCAUAAGCCUGUUCGUCUUCCCCCAAUGGGCUAGCGACCAACUUCAUUCCUCUACUGCUUCUAUGUUCCACCAAAUUGCUUCUUCACUUGAAGGGUGCUUGGAGGAGUACUUCGCAAUUUCAGGGGAGAAGAAAAGCAGCACAAGUCGGGAUGUCAAUCGUUGCAAAUGUGUCUUGUAUUCCAAGUCCAGCAACGAAACUUUGGCAAAUUUUGCAAAAUGGGAACCAUGGCAUGGGAAAUUUGGGUUCUCUUAUCCAUGGGGCAAGUAUAUGGAAAUUGGAGAGGCACUCAGAGAACUUGCUGCAAUAGUAGUUUCACUAAAUGACUGCAUUCACUCGACUGCACAGCCAUUGGCAAUUCAACGAGAAAUGAUCAAAGAGCCAACAGAACUAGUGGGAGUAUCGCUGCUGUGUAUUCUGAGGGAGCUAGGGGAGAGCAUAAAGGGCAUGAAACUCUACAGAGCUAAGGGCAUGAUGAGACCCAAGUUGCAGUCCAUAAAACAAGACAACCUUAUGAUGAGCUCUCCUCCAGACCUGGGCAUGUCUAGCUUUGUGUUCCUCUUGAAUGAGGUGAUACAAAAGGUUGAGGUAUUAGUAACUAAGGUGGAGCAGCUAAGUGACAUUGCAGGAUUUCACAUCAACAAGUUGGAGGUGUAAUUGAAUCAUGACUACUAAUUAUAAAUUAAAGGCUAAGUAAUAAGCAUACCAAAACAAAGUUAGAAGCAUACAUUAGCUCUCAUAUCCAAUAUAUAGUUUCAUUUCAUCUUAAAUUCCAAUGUUGAAUUUGGAAUAAAAGAUCUCACCUACAAAUUUAUGUGUAGAGUAUACUUUGUAUUAUUAUUUAUUAAUGAUGCCUGUUUGUUAUUGCAGACAACUUAUCAGAAUCAUAUUGCUCGCUUGAAUUUAACAAAAUUU